AUGUCUAAUUCGCCAACUAUCGUCAAGAUCCCAUGGGAUGGCGUUGAAGGUGAACCCAUUCAUAUUGAAGAUCUUCAAUCUCAGCUACAAAAUAUUCCGCGAGACACUCGCUACCUGCGUAUCGAUGAAGACGCCCCCUCCGCUGAUGACUGGGCGCUCCUCGGUUCACACUUUACCGGCGUUGAGAACCUGGAACUCGAAAGUGGGUUCAAUGAAGACCUGAGAGAUCAAAUCCCUUUACACUGGCCCCUACAGCGACUUGAAUUGAGAUCUGCGAUAGCGGAAGUGAUCACGACUCCUUUUAUCCGAGAAGGCCGAGUCCCGCAUCUCAGCCUGCUUCUGACCUGUGGUCUCCGAUUUGAGGGACCAACAAGUGAUGAGCUGCAGAUGCAGCAUGAAGAGGCUGUUAAGCGGGGAGACAAUGAAGAGGAAUUCUUCACGGUUGGUGAAGGAACGCCUGAGGAACGCAAGAUUCAAGUAACCUUCCUCCCAACUUUGGUUUGCGACUGGAUGAACGACCAUUUCUGUGGUGCUGAUUCCAAGAAAGACCGCGAAAAUAAACCGUCCUCUUGUCUCAUCAAUAUGGAGACAUUGGAGAUUUUUGAGAACGAUGCCAUGGACGCAUUCUCUCGUAUGGCGAUGGCUCUUCCGCAUAUUGUGUCAAACCUCCGGACCCUGAGGAUCCGAUCGACCAGUGGGCUGGACUUCCACUAUCUCACAGAAGAGGCAUUUCGCUACACCUUGCCCACUCUGGAAAAUCUGGAGACUUUCAACUUCACCGUAGGCGAGGUCUUUGAUGAUCCCACUUAUCUGCCCACAUUACACAAGUUCUUGCCGCCCAAUCUGACAACCUUGUACAUCCGUGGCCCUACGUCCUUAUGCCAGUCAGAGCAGUGGUCAGACUGGUUGAAGUCAUUCGAGUCGGACACUUUCCUCCCAAAACUUCAAAAAAUGGCAUUUAUUCUAGAUCUACACUAUGGAGACGUGCUCGCGUCAUCGAGCAGACGCAAGAACAUUGUGCCACCUAGUGAUGCUUUGGAACAGGCACGCGAGGCAUGUCGUCAUCUCUGCGACAUUGCACAAAAGCGCGGAAUCAGCAUCGUGGACAUGCCUGUUGAACAUAUCAAUGCGGGCGACCUGUUCAUGCCAGUGGAUCCUCGAUGGUGA